CACAAAGUCGCAUUCACUAUAUUCAUUCAUCAACAACAAAAAAGGUCACAUCCACGACAUUUGAUUAUUUCCUUAAAGCAACAAUGUCAAUAACCAACCAAACACUCCUCUUUUAAAUACACACUUCCAUCCAUUUCAUUUCAGAUUAGUUGCUUCAUUAAUUUCAAGCAUCGCAGAACACGACAGCACAUCACAACACUGUCUGUCUCCCAUGAAGAUGAUGACCAACUCCCCUGUACCACCGCACAACCUCAACAUGUUCCAAACCAAUCGUACCACCGCCUUCACAUGCAGAGCCUCUUCCACACGGUUGCAUCUCUCAAACCUCGAAAAUCUUCUCAAAAAACAACAAGCACCAAUCCAAACCAACGACCAAACAACAACAACAACCACAACCACAACAACCGUAACUGAAAAGAAAUCAAAGAACAUUCUAGAAGGACUCGACCUAUCAAACCUAUGGUCUACAGACAAGAAAACAACAGACGAACAAAUGUCACCGCGCCACCUCAAAAACCUCCAACGCCUCCUCUCCAAAACAGCGGAGUAUUCUCCACGCAACACGCUCGGCAGCCACUGGAGACAAUAUCACGGUUGUAACUACUGGAAAGGAAUGCUAGACCCUCUCGACGAGAAUCUCCGGCGAGAAGUCGUUCGCUACGGCGAAUUCGUACAAGCCGCGUAUCAUUACUUUCACACCGACCCAAACACGUCACAACACGAUCAUCCUCAUGCACGCCACGUGUCACUCCCUGAUAAAUUCUACAAAGUAACAAAAAGCCUCUACGCCACGUCAUCAAUUGAAUUACCCAAAUGGGUCGGUAAAUCCAACUGGAUGAGCCAGAAAUCCAGCUGGAUCGGAUAUAUCGCGGUUUGCGAGGACAGAAGAGAGAUUUCACGUUUAGGAAGAAGAGAUAUUGUUAUCUCUCUCCGUGGAACCGCCACGUGGCUUGAAUGGGCCGAAAAUAUGAGGGCCCAAUUAAUAGAAACAGAGGCCCAAAACGGAAAAAAGCCCAAAGUGGAAUGCGGGUUUCUUAGCUUAUAUAAAACCAAAGGUUCUAAUGUCCCAAGCUUAGCCGAGUCGGUGGUCGAAGAAGUGAAACGGCUCAUGGAAGUUUACAAAGGCGAAACGCUUAGUAUAACGGUAACCGGACACAGCCUCGGCGCGGCUUUGGCUUUAUUAGUAGCUGAUGACGUUAGCACGUGUAGCCCACACGUGCCACCCGUGGCAGUUUUUUCCUUUGGUGGACCCAAAGUUGGUAACAAAGCUUAUGGAAACAAAAUCACAGCACAAAAUGUAAAAGUUUUGAGAAUAGUAAAUUCCCAAGACGUUAUCACUAGAGUUCCUGGUAUGUUUGUUAGCGAAGAGUUCGAACAAAAACUAAGAAGUUUUAAGGUUGGUGGUUUUGUAGCUGACAUGCUUGAUGAGAAAACACCGUUGGCUUACUCGCACGUGGGAGCGGAGCUACGUGUGGAUACGAAGAUGUCGCCGUUUUUGAAGCCAGAUGCUGACAUGGCAUGUUGUCAUGACUUGGAGGCUUAUUUACAUUUAGUGGAUGGUUUUUUGGCUUCGAAUUGUCCUUUUAGAGCCAAUGCGAAGAGAAGCUUGGCUAGGUUAAUGCAGGAUCAAAGUUCUAAUGUAAAGAAAUUGUAUACUAAUAAAGCUAAAUCAAUGAGUGUGAAUAUUGAAAAACAGAAAUCUUGUUCCAGCUCUGAAUGUUUGCCUAGUCCAUCGUAAAUGUGAAUAGGACAAGGUUAUUCUGUA